AUGUUUAGGGUCAUUUUUGUGUGGAUUAUGUGGCUAAUGUGCGACACCAAUUUGUGUCUGGGUUUUGUGUACAAGCGAUUUAAACGCUCAGGGGCAGACGCCACCUACACGGAAAGAGCAGACCUGCAUUCUUCAUCUCAAUAUGUGCCAACAUCUAGUUCAUGCAAAAACAGGUGUUUUGAGCUGGUCAAGAGGGAACCGCCGAGCUGUUGCUGUGACAAUUUAUGUAAGGCCUACAAUAGCUGUUGCUCUGACUUUGACCGUCUCUGCCUCAGGACAGAUGGUGGUUAUGAAUGCAGUAAAGAUCGCUGUGGGGAGGUUCGAAAUGAAAACCAUUCCUGCCACUGCUCAAAUGACUGUCUAGCCCGAGGUGAUUGCUGCACCAACUACAGGACACGCUGUAAAGGAGACAGUUCAUGGCUCCAGGAUGAAUGUGACGAUAUGAAGACCGGUGAAUGCCCUCCAGGAUUUGUUCGCUCACCUCUCAUAAUUCUCUCAGUGGAUGGUUUCAGAGCUUCUUACAUGAAGAGAGGGAAAACUGUCAUACCUAACAUUGAGAAGCUGAGAACAUGUGGAACCCAUGCACCUUUUAUGCGACCUAUGUACCCUUCGAAAACCUUCCCCAACCUCUACUCACUGGCAACGGGUCUCUAUCCUGAGUCCCACGGUAUCAUUGGUAACUCAAUGUAUGACCCUGUCUUCGAUGCUACUUUCACCCUGAGAAACCAAGAGAAACUGAAUCACCGUUGGUGGGGUGGUCAACCAAUUUGGAUCACAGCUCUCAAACAAGGAGUGAAGGCAGCCUCCUUCUUCUGGCCUGCCACGAUCCCACUUGAACGGCGGAUACUGACCAUGUUGCAGUGGCUCCACCUGCCUGAACCAGAAAGACCCUAUGUUUACGCAAUGCACUUUGAGCAGCCAGACAUAUAUGGACAUAAAAUGGGACCCAUGAGCAUUGAAUUGAAUAAUCCUCUGAGGUUGAUCGAUAGGAUCGUAGGUCAACUAAUGAAUGGGCUGAAGCAGAUGAAACUGCACCGAUGUGUCAACAUCAUCAUAGUCGGAGAUCACGGUAUGGAAGAGGCCCAUUGUGAUCAAACGGAGUUCCUUAGUAAUUACCUGACAAAUGUCGAUGACAUCAUAUUAAUUCCAGGAUCCCUAGGCAGAAUACGCUCUAGAUUUCUCAACAACCCAAAAUAUAACCCCAGGGCAAUUGUUGCAAAUCUAACUUGCAAGAAAUCAGACCAGCAUUUUAGGCCCUAUUUAAAGCAGAAUCUUCCAAAGAGACUGCACUACGCCAAUAACCGACGGAUUGAAGAUGUACAUCUACUGGUGGACAGGAAGUGGCACAUUGCAAGGAAAUUACCUGACGUUAAGAGGCUUUGUGGCUUCUUUGGUGACCAUGGAUAUGAUAAUAAAAUUAACAGUAUGCAGACGAUUUUCUUGGGGCAUGGACCUUCCUUUAAAUUCAAGACUAAAGUUCAAGUUUUCGAGAACAUCGAGCUUUAUAAUGUUAUGUGUGAUAUUCUAGGUAUAACACCAGCACCCAAUAAUGGAACACAUGGCAGUCUUAACCACCUACUGAGAAACCCUGUCUACAAACCCACAAUGCCUGAAGAAGUUUCAAAGCCAACUGCUCCAGAUCAUUUUCAAAAAGGGAUCGAAGACAUUGGGUGCAGUUGCAAUUAUAAGUUUCGAGUAAAAAGACGGGACCAAGGUUUGAAAGUGACCAUUGCACAGGGCUAUAAUAUCGAGUCACUCUGGCUCUGUUUUUUACAGAACCAAGUGGAGGAGUUAAACCUGCGACUGAGGCAAGCCAUUCAUGACAGUAGGAAUAUGCCAUUUGGACGACCUGCAGUACAGUACUAUACAAGGUAUUCUGUUCUACACCACACUGACUACAUCAGUGGCUACAACGAGGAUCUUGCAAUGCCAUUUUGGACAUCGUACAGUGUUAGCCGACAGGUAGAGGUGUCUGCUUUGCCAGAGGUCCUGAUCAACUGUGUUCGUCCAGAUGCCAGAGUUCUAUCAGUCUUCACCCAGUCGUGUACUAACUACAAGACAGAAAAAUAUAUCACUUAUGCCUUCCUAUACCCACCGCAAUUAUCGACAGGCAUCGACAGAAAAUAUGAAGCUCUGUUCAUAACCAACACUGUUCCUAUGUAUCCUGCAUUCAAGAAAAUAUGGACUUAUUUUCAGAAAGUCCUUUUGAAGAAAUACUCAUCUGAAAGAAACGGUCUGAAUGUUCUCACAGGACCAAUAUUUGAUCAUGACUUCGAUGGAGUGAAGGACCCUACUGACAAGAUUAAGGAGUAUGCACGUGGUAGAGUGCCCAUUCCAACUCACUUUUUUGUGGUUCUAACCAGCUGCUUGGACUUCAGACAGGCUGCAGAUUCAUGUGGUGGCCCCCUCAGCUCUGCUGCCUUCAUCUUGCCUCAUCAACCUAACAAUGACGAGACUUGCAAUAGCUCAGAUGAGGAGUCUAAUUGGGUGGAGGACCUGAUGAAGACACACACAGCUCGGGUCAGAGAUGUAGAAAUCCUGACAGGUCUGGACUUUUAUCGCAGAACCAUGCGGAGUUAUGCUGAAAUCCUGUCAUUGAAAACUUUUAUGCACACUUAUGAGAGUGAGAUCUAA